AACUGUGGAAGAUAAACAGUAACCAUGCAGAUGAACAAUUAACUAUAAACAGGAGUUGCAAUUAAACUAUACAACAGGAAGCCUAAGUAAAACAACAGAAAAUAGUUUCCAUGGAUGAAGUCAAGCUGGCAUAUAUAAGCUCAGAUGAGUGUGAGGCCCAGGAGGUCAGGACUCAGAUGGACUCCCUCCCAGACCUCCGCAACCAGAUCCUACAGCUACUUGUCACCAGACUUAAUGACAACUCCAUAAUGGUGCUGCAGGAAAAGCUGCAGCUCAUGCAGAGGAGCUCAUACUACUUGGAAAUCAAGCGUGAUGAUUUGCUACCAACUGCAGACCAGCAGCAGCACACUUUACAUUUGUCUGACAGCACGGUGUGGUCCCUCAUUGACCAGCGAAGGCUGCGGUGUGCCAUGACCCUGGCUAACACCCAGGUGAAGCUCCUCCUUGCUCUUCUGGGAAUGCUCUACCAAGGGAUCAUCACAGGCUGUCAGGAGCUAGAGGCCCUCAUGAAUAAGUACGACCAGGGUCUGGUGGACAGUGACAUGGCAGCUUCCGCACAGCAGAAGCUCAAGCAAAUCCAUCAGUAUGUGAACGACUUUGAAAGCAGAAUGAGUCAGAAUCUUGGCCGGCUGGACCUGCAGAACCAGCUCAUCCUCAACACAGGCACCUUACCCGUACCACAACUUAGUGCAUUGCUGGCCAUCAAGAUGCCUGUUAUAUUUAACAGGUUCAAGUCGUGCGCAACAUCCCACACAGUGCAUCUUUUUUGGGAAGUUAGGAGUUUUUCUCUGCAUGGAGAUGGAAGGUGUAUGACCACCAUCCACGUGACCAGAUGA